ACCCCACGUCCACCCGCCUUACUGCGCCGCGCUUCUUCUUUCCGCUCCUUUGGACUUUACGACUGUGCAACCUCUGCGACUCCAGACUUUCUCACUGUCCACCGCUCUUCCUCGCCCAAAGCCGAUCUCCAACCCAGUCCCUUCCCUCGAAAACCUCUGCAAAAAUGGGUGGUGCAAGCCGUGAAGGUGGCAAGGCCAAGCCUCUCAAGGCCGCGAAGAAGACCGCGAAGGACAUGGACGAGGACGAUGUCGCUUUCCUCGAGAAGAAGCGCGCCGAGGAGAAGGCUCGCAAGGAGAUGGCCGCCAAGGCCGGCGGCAAGGGACCUCUCAACACUGGCACCCAGGGCAUCAAGAAGAGCGGCAAGAAAUAAAUCGACUGCUGGUGGAGCAAACGAAGUUUUUGGUGCGCGGGAUUGAGAGAUAAUCGAAGUCGACGACGACCCGAUUUACGAAAGCCCGGGGCGCGACGGAGCGCUCUUCCUUUUUACAUAUCUACAACGAGCAUGCAAUGAAAUGAUAUCAAAAGAACUCUUGACCCUUGACCAAGCGGACAUGGAUGAUGCUGGCUAUCCUGACUGUUAUUGUUCAUGCUGUUGAGUCUGUGAAGUGUCAGAUUGUAGCUGGAUUGACUUAAGACACAAAAGUCGGACUCAGGGUCUUCAAGUUGCAUUUGCAGCACCCAAAAAAUGGAACGGCGGGGGGCUUUAAACAGUGGAAAUGCGCCCACGGGUGUUUGUCGUCUUUGCUCCUCAUAGCAAAGAUUUGCGCUCGAGAGGUCUCCUCAGCACAUGCUCGCGCAUCC